AUGCGGGGGGGCGGCGGGGGUUGGGCUUCCUGGGUCAGCGCCGCCGCCGCCGCCUCCAUUGUCCGCGGGGCCGCGGCGGCAGCGGCGGGAGCGGGACGGGAGCGGGACCGGACCCCGGAGCGGGGCAGCCCCGCGGCCCCCAGCCCCGGGGCGGGCGGCACCACCGCCGUCCCCCCACCCGCCCGGGGUCUGCCCCAGCGCAGGUACCCGGGGGUCUCGCCUGCCCCCACGGCGGGACAGCCCCAGCCCCGGCCAUGUCUCCUCGCAAGGCCAAGCGGACUGGGGGCCAGUCCCCCGAGGGGGAGGCGGAGGCGGUGGCGGCAGCCCCCCCCCCGGGCCUCCCCGGGCAUCCGCAAGCGCAAGGACUUUGUGGCGCAGCCGGGAGGCCGGGCGGAGGAGAGCCCCAACAUCUGUGUGGAGUGCGGGCAGAGCUUCGCCCAGAGCUCCGGCCUCGCCAGCCACCGCCGCAGCCACGCGGCCGCCCAGCCCCACCGCUGCCCCGACUGCGGCAAGAGCUUCGGCGUCAGCUCCAGCCUCAGCCGCCACCGGCGCAUCCACACCGGCGAGAAGCCCUUCGCCUGCACCGACUGCGGCAAGAGCUUCAGCGACAAGUCCAACCUCACCCAGCACCGCCGUGUCCACACCGGGGAGAAGCCCUACCGCUGCGGUGACUGCGGCAAGAGCUUCAGCCGCAGCUCCCACCGCAAGAAGCACCUGCGGCACCUCCCAGCCAGCAAGCGCCCGCCGCGCUGCGGCGCCCAGCCGCGGGAUGGGGCGGCUGGCGGCAGCGGGCCAGCCAAGGCACGGCGGAAGGCGUCGGCGCUCAACACCUGCGGCGAGUGCUGGCAGAGCUUCGGCCAGAAUGCCGACCUGGUGAAGCACAUGCGCAUCCACACCGGGGAGAAGCCCUUCCAGUGUGGCCACUGCGGGAAGCGCUUCAGCGUCAGCUCCAACCUCUUCCGCCACCGGCGCAUCCACACCGGUGAGAAGCCCUACGCCUGCGCCGACUGUGGCAAGAGCUUCACCGACAAGUCCACCCUCACCCAGCACCGCCGUACCCACACCGGCGAGAAGCCCUACGUCUGCGGUGUCUGCGGGAAAGGUUUCAGCCACAGCUCCCACCACAAGCGCCACGAGAAGAUCCAUCGCGGGGACGGGCCCCUCCUGGCCUUCGCGCCGCGGCCCUCGGCUCCCGCGUGGUGUCGGGGGGGGAUGUUGGGGGAAUGUCGGGACUCCGGGGGGGCGUCAGGGCGGGGGGGGGCUGUCGGGUGUCGGGGGGGGCUGUCGCGGCCGGGGAGGAUGUCGGGCUUUGAGCUUCCUGGGUCAGGCGCUGCCGCCUCCAUUGUUGGCCGGAGCCGGGCGGAGCCGCGCGGAUUGCCCGACCCCCCCGCAGCCCGACCCCCCCCCCCCCCCGGCAGCUGCCGCCGGGAGCGCGGAGCGGGGCGGCACCGCAGCCCCCCGCAGCCCCCGGCCCUGCGUGGGACCGUCCCGGGCGGGCUCUCCCCGGCUGCCCCCCAGCCUGUGGGUGAGCCCGGGGUCCCUCGUGGGGUGGACCCCUCCCCCCCACUGCCACCUGUCCCUCUGUCUGUCCAUCCGCGCUCACGGGUGAGGCUCUGUCCCCCCCCCCGCGCCCUCCCCCUGAGCAUCCCCGGGGCCCUGCCGAGGGGUCAGGGCUGUUCUCCUCCUCCCCGCCGCCCCCCCUGCCAGCCGUGGGGCGACCCUAGCAUGUCCCCUCGGAAGCCCAGGGUUGCCACGGGCAAGAGCCCGGAGAAGAAGAAGCAGCCCCCGAAGAACAAGCGCAAGUCAGAGAAGCCAAAGCGCAGCCUCCCCGAGCAGGAGGAAGAGGAGGAAGCGGCGACGGCCCCCUCCCUGCCACCCGCCAAGGGCGAGCGGCCGAAUCUGUGCUCCGAGUGUGGGAAGAGCUUCCAGCACGGGUCGGACCUGGUGAACCACCAGCGCAUCCACACCGGCGCCAAACCCUUCGUCUGUGGCGACUGCGGCAAGAGCUUCCGGCAGAGUUCGACGCUCAUCACCCACCGGCGCAUCCACACCGGCGAGGCUCCCUAUGCCUGCGGCUACUGCGGCAAGAGCUUCCGCGUCAGCUCCAACUUCGUCCGCCACCGGCGUAUCCACACCGGUGAGAAGCCCUACCGCUGCCCCGCCUGCGGCAAGAGCUUCACUGACAAGUCCACCCUUACCCAGCACCAGCGCACCCACACUGGUGAGAAGCCCUACCGCUGUGCCGACUGUGGCAAGAGCUUUAGCCGCAGCUCCCACCGCAAGCGGCACCUUCGCAACCCUCCCACCAAGGGCCAUGGGAUAUGUGCCCGCCACAGCCCUGAGCCACCCCCUGCCAAGCCCAAGGAGGCCAAGGGCGGGAAGAAGUUGUCGGCCUCCGAGGUCCCCAACACCUGCGGCGAGUGCUGGCAGAGCUUCGGCCAGAGCUCCGACCUGGUGAAGCACAUGCGCAUCCACACCGGGGAGAAGCCCUUCCAGUGUGGCCACUGCGGGAAGCGCUUCAGCGUCAGCUCCAACCUCACCCGCCACCGGCGCAUCCACACCGGUGAGAAGCCCUACACCUGCGCCGACUGCGGCAACAGCUUUACCGACAAGUCCACCCUCACCCAGCACCGCCGUACCCACACCGGCGAGAAGCCCUACGUCUGCGGUGUCUGCGGGAAAGGUUUCAGCCACAGCUCCCACCACAAGCGCCACGAGAAGAUCCAUCGCGGGGACGGGCCCCUCCUGGCCUUCGCGCCGCGGCCCUUCUUCCGGCCCCUUCCCAGGGGCGUUUGCAGAUUGGGGUGCGGGGAGGGGGGGGCACGCUGCGGCCGCCCCGCGCGGGAAACGGGGUGCACAGCCGGGAGAAGGACAAAGGCGGGGGGAAGCCCCCCCAAGCUCCCCCCGUCCAGGUCCGGGAACCCCCGGGGUGCGGGUGGGGGUCGCUGCCCUGGGGUGCCCCGCGAGGGGGGCCGUGGGGCCGGGACCCCCGUGAGCGGCUCCCGCGUGGUGUCGGGGGGGAUGUUGGGGGAAUGUCGGGACUCCGGGGGGGGCGUCAGGGCGGGGGGGGGCUGUCGGGUGUCGGGGGGCUGUCGCGGCCGGGAAGGAUGUCGGGAUUUGAGUUUCCGGGGUCAGGCGCUGCCGCCUCCAUUGGCGGGCGGAGCCGGGCGGAGCCGCGCGGAUUGCCCGACCCCCCCGCAGGCCGACCUCCCCUGCAGCCGCCGCCGGGAGCGCGGAGCGGGGCAGCCCCGGCCCCCCCGGCCCUCCUCGGGGCCCCCCCGCCCCCGCAGCCCCCCGCAGCCCCCGGCCCUGCGUGGGACCGUCCCGGGCGGGCUCUCCCCGGCUGCCCCCCAGCCUGUGGGUAAGCCCGGGGUCCCUUGUGGGGUGGACCCCCCCCCCCCCUCCCCCGCCACCCGUCCCUCUGUCCUUCCGCGCUUACGGGUGAGGCUCUGUCCCCCCCCCGCCCCCCCCCUCCCGAGUGUCCCCGGGGCCCCGCCGAGGGGUCAGGGCUGUUUUCUUCCCACCCCCCCCCGCCAGCCGUGGGGCGACCCCAGCAUGUCCGACCAGAAGCCCAGGGUUGCCGCGGGCAAGAGCCCGGAGAAGAAGAAGCAGCCCCUGAAGAACAAGCGCAAGUCGGAGAAGCCAAAGCGCAGCCUCCCCGAGCAGGAGGAGGAGGAGGAGGAGGAAGCGGCGGCGGCCCCCUCCCUGCCACCCGCCAAGGGCGAGCAGCCGAAUUUGUGCUCCGAGUGCGGGAAGAGCUUCCAGCACGGGUCGGACCUGGUGAACCACCAGCGCGUCCACACCAGCACGAAACCCUUCAUCUGUGGCUACUGUGGCAAGAGCUUCCGCAUCAGCUUCAAUUUCCUCCGCCACCAGCGCAUCCACACUGGCGAGGCUCCCUACGCCUGCAGCUACUGCAGCAAGAGCUUCGCCGACAAGUCCACCCUUACCCAGCACGAGCGCACCCACACCGGCGAGAAGCCCUACCACUGUGCCGACUGUGGCAAGAGCUUCCGCGUCAGCUCCAGCUUUGUCCGCCACCGGCGCAUCCACACCGGCGAGAAGCCCUACCACUGUGCCGCCUGCGGCAAGAGCUUCACCGACAAGUACACCCUCACCCAGCACCAGCGCUCCCACACUGGCGAGAAGCCCUACAAGUGCCUCGACUGCGGGAAGAGCUUCAGUCGCAGCUCCAACCGCAAUCAGCACCUCCGCAACCGUCCCGCCAAGGGCCGCAGGCCCUGUGCCCGCUGUGACCCCGAGCCCAAGGAGGCCAAGGGCGGGAAGAAGGUGCUGGCCGCCGAGGUCCCCAACACCUGCGGCCAGUGCUGGCAGAGCUUCGCCCAGAGCUCCGACCUGGUGAAGCACAUGCGCAUCCACACCGGGGAGAAGCCCUACGCCUGUUCCCACUGUGGGAAGCGCUUCAGCCUCAGCUCCAACCUCACCCGCCACCGGCGCAUCCACACCGGCGAGAAGCCCUACAUCUGCACCGACUGUGGCGAGAGCUUCAGCGACAUGUCCACCCUCACCCAGCACCGCCGCACCCACACGGGCGAGAAGCCCUACGUCUGCACCUACUGUGGCAAGAGCUUCAGCCGCAGCUCCCACCGCAAGCGCCACGAGCGGACCCACACCAGAGAGGCCCCCGACGCCCUCCUGCCCCUCUGGCCCUGCCCGGCCCAGGGCUUAUAACCAUCGCUGCUGCCGGGGCCGGGGCCGUGCUGAGGAAAACCCUCCUGGAAGCUGCCCCUGGCCCUUCGGCUGGGUCACACGGACGUAACUGGGGUGGCAAAUUUACCAGGUCUGCGGGGUUUGAGAGUUACUGUUGGAGCCACCAUGUCUGUCUGUCUGUUCGCUCAGGGCUUGGGCAGCUGCUGCAGUGCCUGCUGUGCUGCUGGGAUGAGUCCAGAGCACGGGGUGGACAAAUAUACAGACCCCCCCGGCUCUGUCGGGACAAACACGCUCAGAUGGGUGACUCUCCCUGAGUGGCCCCCAGGGAGCCCUUUUCAGCAGAUUUAACCAAAAUCCCCUAUUUUCUAUCCAGUUUUCUUUGGGGCUGGGGGCUUCCACCCUCCUGCUCCUCCUGGCACAGCUGCACGUAGCCUGUGGUGGGCAGCAGCAGCGAACACGCCCCCCCUCUGUCCUCCAAAUGCCUAUUAGUGAUAAUGAUAACAAUUACGGUGAUUAGUUGUCCUGUCUGGUGCUGCCACCGAAGCAAACCCUGAUCCAAGCUUUCCCUGACUUCGGGCUGGUUUUUCCCCACUGCUUUGGGUUUCCUGGGGUAAAAAACCCCAUGCAUUUCCCAAUUAUAAAAAAAAAAACAACAAACCAAACUUAAUAAAAUACUGUCUUUUUCUUCUUUUUUUUGAA